CGUUCUGGACAGAGUCCAAAAAAACCAUUUUGGACAGAGAGAACAGAAAUGAAGGGCCUUCCUUUCAUCUUCUUCACCUCUCUGCUCCAGUUCUUAGUCUUACAAUUGGCCACAGCAACUGAUACGAUAUCCCCAUCAAAACCCAUCAUAGGCUCUGAUACCUUGGUUUCAUCUGGGCAGAGCUUUGAAUUAGGGCUUUUCUCUGCUGGUAAUUCUUCUUGGUAUUUGGGAAUAUGGUACAAUAAUUUUCCAGAUGUUGUUGUCUGGGUAGCCAACAGAGAACACCCACUUGCAGAUUCAUAUGGAUCCUUGACACUCUCAAAAAAUGGAAGUCUGGUCCUUUUGGAUCAAAUGAACAACUCUGUUUGGUCUUCCACUUCUUCCCAAGUAGCAGAAGAUCCUGUUGCAGAGCUUUUGGAGACUGGAAACCUGGUUGUCAGAGACAAGGCUGCCACAGCUUCAGAAAUCUACAUAUGGGAAAGUUUCGAUUUCCCAUCAGACACUCUGCUGCAAGACAUGAAGUUGGGGUGGAACUUCAGGACAGGCCACAACAGAUUCUUGACUUCUUGGAAAAAUGUUAGUGAUCCAUCUCCUGGACAAUAUACUUACGGGAUGGAUAAUGUUCCGUUGCCUCAGCUUGUUAUUGCCAAAGGAUCAAAGAAACAGUUUCGUACAGGACCAUGGAACGGUCUUCGAUUUACGGGUACUCCUGUUUCAUCAGUUUCCUACAAAGUUGUGCACCCAAUUUUUGUGUAUAAUACUACUGAUCUAUACUAUUCAUAUGAGCUUGUUGAUAAAUCCAUUGUCACAAGAUUGAAGCUGAGUGAAUCGGGUAUCCAGCGGCUAGUGGUCAGACAAGGAAGCACUACAUGGGCUGUUAUGUAUACUUUGCAGAAUAAUCAGUGUGAUAAUUAUGGAGUGUGUGGAGCAAAUAGCAUUUGUAAAAUUAACAAAUCACCUGUUUGUGAGUGCUUGCAUGGGUUUGUCCCAGAAUCAUGGAACGAAUGGGGGGUGAAUAAUUGGACAAGUGGGUGCAGGAGGGGAACACCACUGAAUUGCCAGAAGGGAGAAGACUUUCUGAGAAUUCGAAAUGUGAAACUGCCUGACCAGUUGGAUUUUAGGGUGAUCCCGAGCACUAGCAUCGAUGAAUGCAAGGCAGAGUGCUUGAAGAAUUGUUCUUGUGUAGCUUAUGCUAAAUCAGAUAUCAGUAAGGGAGGUAGUACUAGUGGCUGUCUGAUGUGGUCUGGCUCCUUAAUUGAUAUGCGAGAGUUCGAUGAAGAUGAUAGUGAGCAAGAUAUAUAUAUUCGGAUGCCAUUUUCAGAACUAGGUAAGAGCAGUCGGAAGGGUAAAGGGGUAGUACUCAUCUCAGUUCUGUCCGCAGUUUCUUUGCUUAUUUUUUUGAGUUUUUCUUGCUGGUAUAUAAUUCUGAAGAAGAGACGAAAGAAAAGAGCAUCAAGAGACAGUAAGGAGGACUUGGAGUUGCCACUGUUUGAUUUUGAUACAAUUGCAACCGCCACCAAUAACUUCUCUCACACAAACAAACUAGGAGAGGGAGGUUUCGGUCCAGUUUACAAGGCCAACCUAACCCGAGAAGAAUUCAUAGCCGUAAAGAGACUCUCAAAAGAUUCUGGGCAAGGUAUUGAAGAGUUUAAGAAUGAAGUUACAAUGAUAGCAAAACUUCAACACUGGAAUCUUGUUAAACUUUUGGGCUGUUGCAUCCAAGGAGAAGAAAGGAUGCUUAUCUAUGAGUACAUGCCCAACAAAAGCUUAGACUGCUUUAUCUUCGAUCAAAGUAGAAAGGCAUUGCUUGAUUGGCGAAAGCGAUUUGACAUCAUCAUGGGAAUUGCACGAGGACUUCUCUACCUCCAUGAAGACUCCAGAUUAAGAAUCAUUCACAGGGACCUGAAGAGCAGCAACAUCUUACUUGAUGAUGAGCUGAACCCCAAAAUAUCUGACUUUGGCAUAGCUAGGAUUUUUGGACGCAAUCAAACUGAAGCAAAAACAAAACGAGUCAUUGGGACAUACGGAUAUAUGUCUCCUGAGUAUGCAAUUGAUGGGAAGUUUUCAAUGAAAUCGGAUGUCUUCAGUUUUGGAGUGCUUUUGUUAGAGAUAGUAAGUGGCAGAAAGAACAGAGGGUUUCAUCAUCCAGAUCACCAUCACACUCUUCUGGGACAUGCAUGGCUACUGUGGAACAAAAACAAAGGUUUGGAACUAAUGGAUUCAUGUUUGGAUAACUCAUAUGUGAAGUUUGAUGUGCUAAGAUGCAUUCAAAUUGGUCUAUUAUGCGUUCAAAAGCUAUCCUUGGACAGACCAGCAAUGUCAUCCGUGGUGUUCAUGUUAGGCAACGAGGGAGCAAUAUUGCCUCAACCAAAGGAGCCUGGUUUCUUCACAGAAAGAAGUUCCACGGGUAACGAUAACCUAAUCAGCAACGGAAGAAGCCACACCGGAGAAACAAUUACUAUUUCAACGGUGGUGGCUAGAUAGUUCACACAUACAUUUUGACAUGGCUGUUUGUCAGUCAAACUUAUUGGUUGAGGAGAGUUUCAAUUUCGUAGGCCAAGUUUGACAAGUAUAUAAUUAUGAAGGAGAUGUAUGAGUCAACGAAAAUAUAUUAUAAGGCAGGAAAAUAUUCUAGAAACAAA